UGAUGUCUGCAGACCGCUGUUCCUCUGUCUCCUCCAUCUCGUCCAUCUCUCUUGUGGAGAUCAAGACCGAGACACAUCUAGUCCUUCAAGCUUUUCUCCAUCGGACGCUUUCCAUUCCCCAAACACAGAGGCCAGGCAGAGUUGGAGGCACCUACAGAGAUUACAACAAGUACAGCUCCAAGCCACAAACAAAUGCAAAGGAUGGGUGGGAUUCUCAGGUGGAAGAUGUCAGUUCAGCGGAUGAGAAGAAGACUGGAUUCAAGGACUUCAUAAUGCAGCUGCCUCUUCGUAAAACUACACGUCAUCCUGCCAAAGACCCUAAAGGCUCCAUGAACAGGGACAGCAGGACAAGAGUGUCACACCUCAGAGACCAAACAGAUGACGAUGUCAUAUCCCACUCCUCUACAUCAGAAGAAGAUGAAAGUGAGAAGAAGCAGCAGAGGAAGCUGAACCAAAAGAGGAUUAGGAGAAAGAUCUCCAAGUUCUUCAAGUUGAAAUUAGAAAAAGAGAAGGACAAAGAAGGGCAUGAAUCCUAUCCUCAGAGGCCUAACACUCUGCCAAUUGACAAAGAAAUAGAGCCAUUGCCAGCCAUCGUCUCUCCCAAUUACCCUCCUGAGUUCUAUAAUGAAGUAGCAGAGAAACUUGAAAAGAUUGCCCAAAGGUCCACCAGUAUAAAGAAACACAGUCCCACAGCCCAGCCUUCACCAGCAGUGUCUGAGAAAGAGGCAGUGGUGCAGCAGCUUGUUCAGGUACUCUCUUCAGAGGGAGAUUCUAUCAACACUAAGAUCCAGUCAGACCAAUUCCUGCGCUCCAGCUUGGCUCGUCUCUCCUAUGCAUCAUUUGCCAAGCUUCUGGACACUUACGGCAGCAAUCAGGUAUCUGAAGCCCCGUCCCUGCCGCCAGCAGCUAGUCCAACACUACGACGCCUGGCUGUCACCAUGGAGGUAUCACGGCGGAUAGUGACAGCCACAGGAGCCCAGCGCAUACAAGGCUAUGCAGAGUGCUAUAUGGAGACCUUUGCCCCCUGGGUCAAGAACCACGGAGGAUGGGCAAGUGAUUUAAUAAAAACCUAUUUUUAACUUCCAUUAUUACAAUUAAGACAGCUCUUAUAUAGAAGCAGGUAUUCAAAUAAUAACCCAGUGUUAAAGAAUUGCCUGACCUGCAUCAACAAAUAGGGGCUGAGAGGGGCAUACGUGCACCAUCACAUCUUAAGUUAUCAGAGAAACAAGCUAAGCUAACGUUAGCAGCAUCUCAGCUUGCCGGCCGAUCUAUCUAUACUAAUUUUUAGAGGGGCUGGUGUGGGUGGGAUUAAGGGAAUGAUAUGAUGUGGUUCGGGCUUUUCUGUGUUAAUGCUUUCUGUCUAUUUCUGUUUGAAAAAAUGUAUGAA